CAGGAGCCAUGGAAAGCUGUGCAUAAUGAAUGUCAGGAGCCAGGGAGAGCUGUGCAUAGAGAAUGUCAGGAGCCAGGGAGAGCUCUGUAUAGAGACUGUCAGGAGCCAGGGAGAGCUGGGCAUAGAGACUGUCAGGAGCCAGGGAGUGUUGUAUAGAGACUGUCAGGAGCAGGGGCGUAACCGGGCCUGGCGGAAGGGUGUUGGGCGUCAGGAGCCAGGGAGAGCUGUGCAUAAAGACUGUCAGGAGCCAGGGAAGCUGGGCAUAGAGACUGUCAGGAGCCAGGGAGAGCUGGGCAUAGAGACUGUCAGGAGCCAGGGAGAGCUCUGUAUAGAGACUGUCAGGAGCCAGGGAGAGCUGUGCAUAGAGACUGUUAGGAGCCAGGGAGAGCUGUGCAUAGAGACUGUCAGGAGCCAGGGAGAGCUGUGCAUAGAGACUGUCAGGAGCCAGGGAGAGCUGUGCAUAGAGACUGUCAGGAGCCAGGGAGAGCUGUGCAUAGAGACUGUCAGGAGCCAGGGAGAGCUGUAUAGAGACUGUCAGGAGCCAGGGAGAGCUGGGCAUAGAGACUGUCAGCUGUAUAGAGACUGUCAGGAGCCAGGGAGAGCUGGGCAUAGAGACUGUCAGGAGCCAGGGAGAGCUCUGUAUAGAGACUGUCAGGAGCCAGGGAGAGCUGUGCAUAGAGACUGUCAGGAGCCAGGGAGAGCUGUGCAUAGAGACUGUCAGGAGCCAGGGAGAGCUGUGCAUAGAGACUGUCAGGAGCCAGGGAGAGCUGUGCAUAGAGACUGUCAGGAGCCAGGGAGAGCUGUAUACAGACUGUCAGGAGCCAGGGAGAGCUGCAUAGAGACUGUCAGGAGCCAGGGAGAGCUGGGCAUAGAGACUGUCAGGAGCCAGGGAGAGCUGUAUAGAGACUGUCAGGAGCCAGGGAGAGCUGGGCAUAGAGACUGUCAGGAGCCAGGGAGAGCUGUAUAGAGACUGUCAGGAGCCAGGGAGAGCUGUAUA